AUGAAGUUUAUUUGUAUCCCAUUUAUCUUGACUGUUGCUUUCUUGUCAUCAAUUUCGAAGAUUCUUGGAUCCAACGAACCGUCGUACUUCUCUAUCCAUACCAAUUUAUCGAAUCUUAUUCUGCAUUUGAAUGAUUCCGCAUUUACCUUUGUUGCAGUAUUUGAUAGUUUGUUUCCCGGGGAUAAGUUUUUGGAAUAUCAGGAAUUUGCGAAGCGUACAAACAGUGUGAACGAACUCAGCGUAUAUCAUAUGAUACAUAAUCUUAACGUUCCAUCCGUAGAGAAUGUUUUUCACAAGUUCAAUUUAACUUUCGUCGAUCUGCCCUACUACUUGUUGUUCUGUCGUGAACAGCCCAAUCCAAUAGUCUAUCGUGGCAGCUGGAAGUCGGAAGAUAUUGUUCGUUGGGUAGCCAGCGUCACCGGUUUGCGUCUUCCGUUACCUGGCUGCAUUGGAUCCUUGGAUAUUUUGGCACAUCGUGCCAGAAAAGCAGACACCCGUGAAUUAAACGAACAUAUCCUACCAGAAAUACGACGGUUACUUUCAAUGGAACCUCACCUCUCAUCUUCGUCAGCUCAGUUCUAUAUUCAGGCGGCCACACAUCUCGCAACACGGGGAACGGCAUAUCUUUCAACGGAGGCAGCCCGGUUAAAGAGACUGGUUGACAAUGAAGUGUCCGAUGAACAGAAAGCAAAGUUAAAGGAACGACUGAACAUUAUUAUCCAAUUCAUGGAACCCAGCGAGAUGCGCAGUGAGCAAAAAACUGAACUUUAAUCCAAUCCAGAUCUUCAUAUUUCCUUUUUUUAAAAUUAAAUUCCCUUGUUCACCUGACUGUUCGAUUGUCCUUCCAAAUAAACAUCCUUACAUAAUUAUUCACCGGUGGUUAAGCCCUCUUUGAAUCUCUGUUGUGAAAAUGUAAAUCUUGUGAUUA